CUUGGAAAAACCAAACGGGCAUCCUUCAGCACAUGCCAUGGCACUGAAGUGGAGCUUCGCCCUUGCCGCUGGGCGUGCGGAAGCGGCCAGUUUGAGGCGUCCUUCUCGAAGUCCGACACCCAGGAUCGCGUGGUCGUUUUGGGAUAAAGGAGCUGAGAAGUUGCCAGACUUUCGUCGCCUUUGUGUCGAGACCUGGGCUGCUCAGAACCCCGACUGGGAGAUUGAAAUUUUGGACCAGCGCAACGUUUUGGAUUUUUUGGAGCCUUCGGAUUUGCCCAGAUUAUGGGACGAGAUGUACGUCCCAUGGCAGGCAGAUGCUGUGCGACUGGCCUUGCUGGCGAAGUAUGGAGGCCUGUGGAUUGAUGCAUCAACUAUUUGCUUCCAACCGUUUGAUGCCUGGAUCUACGGAGCCAUUCAGUCAGAAGAGCGCCCAGAAGAAAUAGCCGCAUUCUACUUCUCUGCAUGGGGCUGUGAAAUGCACAAGAGCAAGGAGUUUGUUGAGAACUGGGUGAUGGCAGCCCGACGUGAACAUCCACUGAUGUUGGCCUGGCAAGCGCUUUUCAACGGCUAUUGGAAUAGCAAGUCCAGGGCAGACGCCUUUUCCAUGUUCCUCGACCCACCUGGUGUGCCAGAGCACCCGCUUUUUCGAGAUGUCGAUUUGAGCCACUUGAAACGCUUUGGGCAAGAUUUGAGGAAUUAUUUGCUGAUGCAUGCAGCAUUCAAAAAGAUGAUUGAUCAAUACCCAGAGUUCCGCCGAAUCUGGGAAGAGGAAAUGCUUCUAAUCCGUGCAGAUGACACCGCCUUUUGGCACAUGGAAGAGCCAGACGUGAAGUGGGACCCAAACGAGUUUCAGCCGCAUAAACUUGUGGCGAAGUUGGUUUUUCCAGGCUGCUCUGCGAAAAUGGCGGCGGAAGACAGAUCCGUCUUGGAUGGCUUAUGUGAAAAAAUCCUGUCCAGUCUUGAAGUUCACAAGAGAUACCGCGCAACUGCUCGAUGGGCUCUCGCGCGAGGAGUGUCUGACGGCUGGAACCUGCUUGGGGGAUGCUUUCGCCCAGGCAUUAUCGGUAGACUAACUGCAAAACCGUCGGCCACUCUGGGCAAGAAGGUCGAGCCGGAGCCGCAUGCAGGGUUGCAAGCACCGACCUGGAAAUGUCCACGUGGACAAGCUUCCUGGAAAAGACCACCUUAUGCUGACGAACAGCAAGGACAAGGCCUUAUUGCUGACGAAUUCUGGCGAUUUUUUCCAGAUCGAGGAAAUUCGUGCUCAUGGCUCUUGCAUUUUCUGUCACUCUUCACAUCGGAACGCCAUGCUCCUAUGCAUGUAUUCAAGCUCCUGAAAGAGUCAUGACGGGAGGCCUCAUUUUCUUCGAAGAUGACGGGAUUCCAGCCCCUAUGCUGCCUAUGCUGGGCGACGGUGCGUGAGCUUUAGCGGUGCCUGACUGCAUCCAUCGGAAAUCCGACAUUUUGCGACAGGUCAUGUUGGAAUCAUGAAUCAAGCUGCACGUGCGACUUUGACAGGUUUAAUCCAGAGAGCAAGGGGUUCCAAGAUUUGGGCCACUAGAUUGCAUGAAUAUAGAUCUCAUCUCAAUCUUGGACUAUUUUUGAACAAGCACACCCAAUGACGUGAUCCUGGUCACAAGAGUCACCACCAGAGCGGAUGUUGAGCACGUAGAAAGCACACAAGAUUCUGCGCCAGCCAUCUAAGCUUGCCUCAAAAAAAGGAAGCGGUUCAAAUGCC